CGAUUUCGGGGUGUGGUCAACAACGUAUAAAUAAAAUAAUGCGCAUCGCUGGGGAUUUUGUUGACAGAAAUGGCAAUUGUUUUCGUCAGGUGAAUCCGUAUAAAAGAGACGGAAGAAUCAGCUCUCUUCAGUAUCAUCUUCAAGCUCGCCAGCGCUUCACUCAACAUUUGGCUACACCAUGAAGUCUAAGAUAGCCCUCGUUUUGCUGUUUGCUGUGGCCGCACAGGCCCAGUUUAUCGGCGGUUACCACGGUUACGCGGUACCCUCCACUAUCCCCGUGCAGUGGCUCUCUCAUGGCCAGUUCGCCCCGUCCAACGUUUACGCUUACACUGCCCAGCCUUCCAAUUAUUAUCGUGACAUUGCAGGUAAUAACAUAGGGUCCUGGGCUUACUUCAAUCCAACGGUCCAGGUGGAUGCUAACGCGGUUCAGCCUGGUACUAUCGUGGACCCUAAAUCGAGCGCUGCUCCCGUUCGCGCGAAGCGUCAAAUUCAAUUGCGUUACAGAGGCGGUGGAAGAAAUGGUCGAAGUUUGAAUGACCGUUCGUUGUCCGAACGCCCUGCUCACAAAGUUGCCACUCCGGCCCGCAAAGAGCGUCAAAUUCAACUGCGAUACAGAGGUAGUUCCAGGAGAGGACGCAGCAUCCCUUUAUUUCCGGCCUUUGAUAAAUUGGGCGCAACCUCAACUCGCGCGGACCGUCAAAUUAUACUGCGGUACAGAAACGGUGCUAAUAGGAAGAGAGUCGGGAGGAGCCUGAACGAACCUUCUUUCAUCGAGACUAUGCCCGCUCACUGAACCUGCCUAAGCCACGACUAGGAAAUGAACACUUUCGGACGAGCCAUCAAGCGAUUACAUGAUUCAGUUACUUUUAAAUUCUAACAACGUAACUACGAGCUAACUCUGAACGGUGCUAUAGCAUCUCUUCAGCUGGAACUCACCGUGUAGACUUAAAGCCAUGAUAAAUAAAUGCGAAAAAUGAAAA